AUGUAUCUACCUCAAGAAGCAGAGGUAAAAGAAAUUAUGAAACAGUUUGAAGAUAUGUCAAGUUUUCCUCUUGUUGUGGGUGCAGUUGAUGGAUGUCAUAUAAGAAUAAAACCACCAAAAAAGAAUCCAGAGAAUUACAUUAAUCGCAAAGAUUAUCAUUCAAUUAUUCUUAAAGGUUUUGUUGACAGCAGAUAUCUUUUCCGAGACAGGCAAGUCUCACGACUUGGGGAUUCUGCAUACUCUUUGGAAGAAUGGCUAAUGAAACCUUAUUCAGAUCGCGGGAAUCUUUCAAGGGAAGAAAAAAGUUUCAACUUUUCACUGAGUAGAUCUUGUGUAGUAGUGGAGAAUGCUUUUGGUAGACUUAAAGGAAGAUUCCAAUGCAUUUCCAAACGCAUUGACACAUCUGUUGAAAAUACUGUUAAAAUAGUAAGUGCAUGCUGCAUUCUUCAUAAUUUUUGUGAAAUCAGCAAUCAAAGUUUCUCCGAAGAUUGGUUGCACGGUAUCGAUGUUAACAUGAUUAAAAUAAGCAUUAGGAGAAAUGAUUCUGUUCGAAUUGAAGCAGAAGAAAUUCGGUCAGCUAUAAAACAACAUAUUUCAAGUUGUAUAAACCUUUUUGAUAAUAAUUGA